GAUGAGCGCUGUGAGUCGCCGCCGAGGCUAGCGCGGGACGUCGCCAUCAGCCCAGCUCAGGCCAAGAGCAGAGGGACAGCGGGGACCCUCGCCGCCCACUGCGCGCCCGUAGCUGGGGCUCAGCGAGCGGCGGGCGGCGCUCGGUGUGAUGCGGAAAAUGUGAGAGGCAGCGCAGGGCAGUGGGGAGGUGGGCACAGAAAAGGGCGGCGGCAAGGCAGAAGGAGAGGCAGCGGGAGAGGCCGGGGACUGGUCGGGGACAGGUGGAAGACAAGAGCAGAGACCGACAGGAUCGAGAGCACACGGCUGUGGGCGGGGGUGCGGGGGAAGCCGCAGGAGCAGGGCAGCUGGGCCCGGGCUGGGGUUACUAGCGCGGCCACGGCGGGGCAGGGCACAGCAGGGGAGCGGGGACGCCCGCGGGGUGUCCUCUGGGAACCGCAGGGAACCUGAGGCGCGGUCGGCCCAGGAAUGGUCGCGCGGAGAGGUCGUUGUGGCAGCGGAGGGCCUUGAUGAGCUCCCCGAGAGGGCGAGAACCCAAAGUGCAGAGCCGGGUGUGCAGCGGCGGGGGUGUGUGCGCGCCCGGGUGUGCGCGAGUGUGAGCGCACGGGCGGGUGGGAGCGCGCGUUAGGGAUUCUGCUGGCAUCGCAGCGUGGAGAGCAGGAGGCAGGAGCCGGGCGCGCAGGGGAGCGCGGGGGCUCUGCCGCGCACACGUCGUGCGCGCUCUCCUGUGCGCACACACACUCUCUUACACACACACACACACACACACACACACAUACACGCGCACGCACACGCCCUUCUUGCUUCGUGGUUGCUGCUGCCACCAUCUCGGAGCUGAACCCUGUGGAGCGAGAACCCAAGCUGGAGCUGGGAUCGGAGGCUAGCCCAGCCGGGUGAUGCCGGCCCAGAGCAGAGCCCCGCGCGGACGGCGGGCUCUGAUGCCUCCUGUAUCCACAAGUCCUAAGGUUCUGGUACCUAUAGGCGAAAAGGCCAACUGAGCCAGGUCCAGGCUAAUCCCAGCCCAGCUGCACCCAGCACUACCCAGUCACAGGAGUCCUGCUGGUGAGCUGCGAGCCUGGAGUGAAGCCUCAGAGAGGGAUCCUAAGGCAAUGUCCUGGUUCUUUUGAGUCUGUGGGCUGCACAGCUCUCAGGGCUCUGACCGGUCCAGCCCUGAGUAGCCUUGAGUGGAUUCCUGUCCCCACCUGGUCACAGGAGCUCCUUGUGCUUCAAGGCUCAGCCAAGCAUUGGACCAGUUACGUGCAUGCUGAGACUGAGUCCCAAAGGCUGCUGUGCUCCAGGCCUUUGGCAGCCCCUCUGCUUGGCUCCCUGUGCCAUCUGACCCAGGAGUCACGUGAGCUUCCCUCUGGGAUCUGGCAUGAAGGAGAAAUGGAUUCUGGAUUUUCCACUCCGGCUUUCCCUGACUUCUCCAGAAUUUAAGAAGUAUCCUGAGGCAUCUCUUGCUCAACCUCAGCCUAGAAUCCCUAAGGAUCAAUCUAGGAAUCCAACGACCUCAAGACCUAAGAACAUCAAGCCCCUUUCCCUGGACACAGACUGGACAGAAGUGGCCAGUUCAUCAGGUGAGCGAGAGGAUGCUGGCAGGGGGUAUGAGAAGCAUGCCCAGCCCCCUCCUGGCCUGCUGGCAGCCCAUCCUCCUGCUGGUACUGGGCUCUGUGCUGUCAGGCUCUGCCACAGGCUGCCCGCCCCGCUGCGAGUGCUCAGCGCAGGACCGAGCCGUGCUCUGCCACCGCAAGCGCUUUGUGGCGGUGCCCGAGGGCAUCCCCACGGAGACUCGCCUGCUGGACCUGGGCAAAAACCGCAUCAAGACACUCAACCAGGACGAGUUUGCCAGCUUCCCACACCUGGAGGAGCUAGAGCUCAAUGAGAACAUCGUGAGCGCCGUGGAACCGGGCGCCUUCAACAACCUCUUCAACCUGAGGACGCUGGGGCUCCGCAGCAACCGCCUGAAGCUCAUCCCGCUGGGCGUUUUCACCGGCCUCAGCAACUUGACCAAGCUGGACAUCAGUGAGAACAAGAUCGUCAUCCUGCUAGACUACAUGUUCCAAGACCUAUACAACCUCAAGUCGCUGGAGGUCGGCGACAAUGACCUCGUCUACAUCUCCCACCGAGCCUUCAGUGGCCUCAACAGCCUGGAACAGCUGACGCUGGAGAAAUGCAAUCUGACCUCCAUCCCCACCGAGGCGCUCUCCCACCUGCACGGCCUCAUCGUCCUGCGGCUACGACAUCUCAACAUCAAUGCUAUCAGGGACUACUCCUUCAAGAGGCUGUACCGACUCAAGGUCUUAGAGAUCUCCCACUGGCCCUACCUGGACACCAUGACCCCCAACUGCCUCUACGGCCUCAACCUGACAUCCCUAUCCAUCACACACUGCAACCUGACAGCCGUGCCCUAUUUGGCAGUGCGCCACCUGGUCUAUCUCCGUUUCCUCAACCUUUCCUACAACCCCAUCGGUACAAUCGAGGGCUCCAUGCUGCAUGAGCUGCUGCGGUUGCAGGAGAUCCAGCUGGUGGGCGGGCAGCUGGCCGUGGUGGAGCCCUAUGCCUUUCGUGGGCUCAACUACCUGCGUGUGCUCAAUGUCUCUGGCAACCAGCUGACCACCCUGGAGGAGUCAGCCUUCCACUCAGUGGGCAAUCUGGAGACGCUGAUCCUGGACUCCAACCCACUGGCCUGUGACUGCCGGCUACUGUGGGUGUUCCGGCGCCGCUGGCGGCUCAACUUCAACAGGCAGCAGCCCACCUGCGCCACUCCUGAGUUCGUCCAGGGCAAGGAGUUCAAGGACUUUCCAGAUGUGCUCCUACCCAACUACUUCACCUGCCGCCGGGCCCACAUCCGGGACCGCAAGGCACAGCAGGUGUUUGUAGACGAGGGCCACACGGUGCAGUUUGUAUGCCGGGCAGAUGGCGACCCUCCACCAGCUAUCCUUUGGCUCUCACCCCGCAAGCACUUGGUCUCGGCCAAGAGCAAUGGGCGGCUCACAGUCUUCCCUGAUGGCACGCUGGAGGUGCGCUACGCCCAGGUACAGGACAACGGCACGUACCUGUGCAUUGCGGCCAAUGCUGGCGGCAACGACUCCAUGCCCGCCCACUUGCAUGUGCGCAGCUAUUCGCCUGACUGGCCCCAUCAACCCAACAAGACCUUCGCCUUCAUCUCCAACCAGCCAGGCGAGGGAGAGGCCAACAGCACCCGCGCCACUGUGCCUUUCCCCUUCGACAUCAAGACGCUCAUUAUCGCCACCACCAUGGGCUUCAUCUCCUUCCUGGGCGUUGUCCUAUUCUGCCUGGUGCUGCUGUUUCUAUGGAGCCGGGGCAAAGGCAACACAAAGCACAACAUCGAAAUUGAGUAUGUGCCCCGGAAAUCGGACGCAGGCAUCAGCUCAGCUGAUGCACCCCGCAAAUUCAACAUGAAGAUGAUAUGAGGACGGGGCAGGGUGGGGGCGCAGGGACCCCCCCCCACCUCCGGGGCAACACUGGGCAGGGAAGGUGCCUGGCUGCUGCCCACUCACUUCCAGGCCUUCCCACCUCCUCCCUGCCCCCCUCACACACUCUCUCUCUCCCCCCACGCGCCCCUGCUGCCUCGCCAGCCUCGCCCUCACCGCCUGCCCUCCUUCUACCAGGAUUUCAGAAGGCCAGGCCUGAGGACCCCAUCUGCACAGGGGCCAGAGUUGACAGACGAAUCCAAAGCCGACAAACCGACACGCGGCAGAGUCAAUAAUUCAAUUAAAAAAAAAAAGUUACAAACUUCCUCUGUAACUUGGGUUUCAAUAAUUAAUGGAUUUUUAUGAAAACUUGAAAUAAUAAAAAGAAAAAACUAUUUCCUAUAGCUAGUCGGAAUGCAAACUUUUGACGUCCUGAUGGCUCCAGGGCCUUCUUCCAACUCAGUUUCUUGUUUUUCUCUUCCUCCUCCUCCUCCUCUUCCUCCUUUCUCUUCUCUUCCCCUGUGGGGAGGGAUCACUCAGGAAAACAGGGAAGGAGAUUCCAGCCCCACCCUCCGGCCCACUCUGCUAGGCGCCAUUUGGAGCCACGGGUGGCAGCUCAGCUCCAGGGCCCAGCUCUAGCUGUAUUUUUGCAGGAAGUAGGGGAGGGGAUAGGACUGCCCAGGGGGCGGGGCUUGUCUGCUGGCUGCCAGGCAGCACUACCAAGGGGAGGUGGGGGCCAGGCUCGGGUGUGGCUGAAACUGGGACGGGCUGGGGUCCUCCUGGGGAACAGCACAGUCAGUGGAAAGAGUCAGGAGCCAGAGGCAGGCUGAUUCCUCUCCUCUGGUCCCAGCUCUGCUGCUCACUGUUGUGUGACCUCAAGUAGGUCGCUGGCCCGCUUGGGCCUCAGUCUUCACAUCUGUACAAAUGGGAACAUUAUCCCUGCCCUGCCUACCUCACAGGGCUGUUGUGAGGAACUGAUGAGAUGAUGUAUGUGAAACACUUUGUAAUCUGUAAAGCGCUGUGCACAUGUGUGUGGGUGACUGCUCUCAUUAUGGUCAUUAUUCUCUCACUGGGGGAUGGGAUCCCCAUGGGGUCAGGGCUGGAGAGAAAAAGGGGCAGCUCCUGGGGCUCCUAUAGGCUCCUCCUAGGACCCUGGCUAGGCUGGAGAACAUAAUAGAUUCUUCUACCUCUGGCUGGGAGGACCCCUGAAUGCCAGCUUUGGCCUGGACAUGUCCAAAAUUGGGAGUACCAGCUCUCUCCAGGUCUUAUCUGAAAAUGUUUAUUGAAUAUCUAUGCUACUUCCUGUGUACAGCCCUCGGGGCAGGAGGCCAUUCUAGAGCAGUCUAGAGAGCCCAAAACUGAGCCUGUCACCAGCUCUAUCAGUCCUUCCACUAGGCCAUGCUCUGAGCCCAUCCUGGGUUUGGCAGGGGUCUCUUAGAUUUCAGUCUGUGAGCUGGCCAGAAGAGCCAGACAAUAGCCUCCACCUGGGCCAUAUCAUUCGAAUCUCUAAAUGCUCCCAGCUCAGCUGUGGAGAGGGUUGCCCUGGGCAACAGAAUGACAAGUUGGGGGUUUGUCACUUUCCUAGAAAGCAUCCUUGGGCCCUCUGUCUGAAAAGCCAACAGCAGCUCAGUCAGCAGACCUAGCUCUCACUACACCUUGUGUCUAUGGGCAGAAAGGGCACAGGCCAGGGUCACUUGGCUUCUCCAUGUUGGUGCUUUCUCGAUGGACAGCUUCAGUUUGGCCCUAAAUAGGCCCAGGUGACCUGCCUCCCAUUUACCCUCUGGCUAAGGGAAAUCUACAGCAAUACAGGAACCAGGGGAGCACAGACCCAGCUGAACAAGAGAGCAAUAGGAAAG